CUGCUCAAAUCUUAACCCAUUGGUUAUCAGAGAGCAUGCUUUUCUUGAGGUACCAGUUCAUCAAAGCAAGAGAGUGCUCUAGUGGAAAUGGUACAAAAUGUGUGUUCUACUUUCGUGGCUGUGGGUGGAAGAAAAAGAAUGUUAACUGGAGUAGAGAUGACRUGGAGUGGAUUGAUGAAAUGAUUUCAUUGUUUACCAAAAUCUUUGGUGAAGAUGCCAUGGAUUAUACUUUUAUCAAGGAUAAAGGCAUGAAGGUAAGCUCAUCCAGUGACCCAAGAUUGGCUUUCACAUACCGUCAUGCAGAAUGGGAAAGCAACCGUGAUUCCUGUCCAGGGUCAGCCUCCACAGAUGCAAACCAAUCAGCAGACACAAUCCAUUUAGAGGAUGAUGAGUAUUCAGAUGCCCUGGAAACAGAUGCAGCCCCCUCAGAAUCAGAAUCACAACACAUUAAUAAAGCCGCAACCAAACCUGUAGCUAUAGACCUUACUAGCGAAAGUGAACCAGUUGUCCAGUCUGAUGCUCAUGCAGUGUACUUCACAUCCACUGUAACUYGGAGAGAGCUGGCUAAGCUUAAGAUACCAAAGGUUGCCAACAAUGGUUUAUAUGCAGAUGUUGUGCCAGUUUCUGGAAAGUUUGUAGAUACAGAUCCAUGUACUCUGCUGUUACGACCUCCCAAGACAAUUGUUGACAAAGCAGAAAGAUUAUGCAAGAAUGCAUCAGCUGUUAAAGUUGGUGGUUUGGGAACAUUUUCUCAACACAGCGUUUAUCUUCUAAAAAAAUUUUGUGACAUUGUCAAUCUAAAGAAGGAGGUACGACAAGAAGAGGGAUGGCUUCAUGACCCAUGGGAUGGUUUGAACCAAGAUGAAAUUGAUAAAAUCCAAUCUCUUCUGUGGGAUACAAAACUGCAGAAGACCAUUCUCCAAAUUGAUGGUAAAUCAAUUGAUGUCAAAUCUUUCACCACCCUAGUUGGUGAAAGAUAUUUAGACAAU